AUGAACCGAACAUCGAGUACAACGAACACGCAAAAGAUUAAUUAUGCACAAGCUGCUGCGCAGCCAAAAUCGAAACAACCACAGCCACAACACAAUUCGGUAAUUGGCAACGGUAACGCUAACACUAACGUUGGGCGAUCUACGCCUACGAUCAAAGCUACCCAACAAAAAAAUCCAGUACAAUUACCAACGAAGGGGCAACCUCGAGAAAAUAAUGCUAUUACAAUUCAAUUUGGAUCAUUAAAUCAGCCCUCUGCUUCUUCUUUGUCUACCUCUCCGGUGAAUAAUUCUAUCGCUGUAAGUAGUGGUGGUGCUCUUCCUACGAUAGUACCGAAAAUCAACACGAUGUUUGGAUCAGUAUCUGUGCGAGGUGCUUCCGAAGAAUUGGUGCAACCAACGCCGACACCACCAGCUGUUGUUCCUAGCGGCCCUGCUGCACGUAUAAAUGAAAUACCUAGAACACAAUCAGCUCCACCACAGCUUAAUCUCCAAGAUUCAAAUAACGUAAAAAACGUAGGCCAACCAUCAGGUCAUCAAUCAUCUAAUAUAACGUCUCGUACUCAACCAGUACAAGCGGCGCAACAGUUGCCCACGGCUACACCACAUCAACAACCUACCUCAACAUCAAACACUCCGCAUAACCGUAAGGAUUCUGUGUCUUCAACAGUAUCAUCCAACGACGGUCAACAGAACCAAUAUUUUCACCCACACCAACCGCAAUCACAUCAUACUAAUCAUAAUCAUACAAAUCAGCACGCUCAUUCGAGUUAUGGGUCUCAUCAUCCUCAUGGUCCUCGGCCACACCCACAUCAUAAACCUGGUGGGAUGCCCGGAUCCGGACAAGGUGUACCUAAUCAAUAUCCAAGGCCAAGAGAUAAUAAAACUCUAACUGGGUCUGUUCAGCCUCCUCCUACAAUAAAUCCUGCACAAUCUGCAGUUCCGCCGCAAGGUACGAUUCCACAACCUACAAUGCCGAUUGGCGUGCAACAACAAAUGUGGACCUAUCGUGGUGUAGGUCUGCAACCACCAUUCUAUCCUCCGUAUGGAUAUAUACAUCCAAUGCCUCAAACUUAUGUACCUCCUGUUCAACGACCUCCUAUGCCACAACAUCACAUUUCGCAACAGACACCUGUUUCUCAGUUUACAGCUCCAUCUGGUGGUUCAAAAAGUCGUGCUAUUCCAAUAAUUAAUCCAGCUGAUAAGUCUACAGUAGUUGUACCAGCACAAACUUCGGUUACAGCCCCAAGCGGAAAAAAAGAGGAGACACCUACUGCCACUGUUAAUGACGUUAAAAAAAUCGACGAUGUGGAUAAAGAAAAGGAAAAACAAUUAUCUGAUGAUAAAAAGGAUUCUAAAGCGAUUAAGAUCGUUAACCCGGUUGAAAAAAAGGAAAAAGAAGAGAGAGAACAGCGUGAGCGCGAGGAAAAAGAACGCAUAGAGCGAGAAGAAAAAGAGCGGAAAGAAAAAGAAGAAAUAGAACAACGUGAGCAAGAGGAAAGAGAAGAAAAGAAGCGAAUACGUAAAGAGCAGGAAGAAAAGGAACGUCUGGAACUAGAAGAAAAAGAACGUAGAGAGCGAGAAGAAAAAGAACGUGAGGAGAAAGAACGUAAAGAACGUGAAGAGAAAGAACGCAAAGAACGUGAAGAGAAAGAACGCAAAGAACGUGAAGAAAAAGAACGUAAAGAACGUGAAGAAAAAGAACGUAAAGAACGUGAAGAAAAAGAACGUAAAGAACUUGAGGAAAAAGAACGUAAAGAGCGUGAGGAAAUAGAGCGUAAAGAACGUGAAGAGAAAGAACGUAAAGAGCAAGAAGAACGAGAAAGAAAAGAACGUGAGGAAAAAGAACGUAGAGAACAAGAACGUAGAGAACAAGAAGAAAUAGAAAAGAAAAAGAAAGAGGAAAAGGAGCGAGAAGAAAAAGAACGAAAGGAAAAGGAACGAGAGGAAAGGGAACGAGAGGAAAAAGAACGAGAGGAGCAAGAACGUAUAAGACGGGAAAAAGAGGAGCGUGAAAAGAGAGAAGAACAAGAACGUAUCGAAAAAGAACGAAAAGAGCAAGAAGAAGCUGAAAAGAAAAAAGAGGAAGCUAAAGCCAAGGCAGAAUCUGAAGAAGCUGAAAGAAAUCGGCCUGGACCAUUGGAUUUAUCUCGUACGACUUCUGCACCUGCUGGUCCACUUAGUAGCGCUCGUCUAAUUGACGAUUUAAAUUCUGUGCCAUAUCCACCACACAUAAAAUCACCUAAUCCUAGUGCUCCUGGAAAAUAUAAAUAUGAUCGUAGCUUCUUAAUGCAAUUCAUGAAUGUUUGUAAAGAAAAGCCAGAAAACUUACCCGCGCUCGAUGCUAUUGGUAUGGAUGAGGCUAAAGAUGACAAAAAAAAUGCACGAAAUCCUCCACGUUUAACCUCGCGUUCAUCUUCACAACACGCUAAAAGCAGCCCCAGUCAGGCAACGCAAUAUCAGCCAAUGGGAGACUUUAAAUCUCUUCCAAAGUCAACCGGUGAUGACCGAUUUAUGAUGCAAACUACCACAAUUUCUGGUAGAACAAGCUCAGGUUCAAGUAGCUUUGGAAGGUCAACGCUUGGUUCUCGUACUGGAAGCGGAAGUACGUUAUUACCCGCGCCGAUGGGAGUAGGUCCUAGUCCUCCAAGUCCAGGACGAGGAGCCGGUCGUCGUGAUAGUAAGCGUAUUAGUAGACACCAAAUAUCUCAAGCAGGGCAAGACCAAGUAACACCUCUUGAGCCUACAGAGGGCCGAUGGGUUCCUGGUAUGGUAAAUCCUAUUCCUAGAGGAUCAGAUGAGAAUUUGCAAAUUGAUGUUAUUCAACGUAAAGUGAAAGCCCUUUUGAACAAAUUAACAUUGGAAAAAUUCGAUAGCAUAUCGGAUCAAAUUAUUGAAUAUGCAAAUAAAUCUAGAUACGAAAGAGAUGGCCGCAUGCUUAAAGAGGUUAUUCGACUUACCUUUGAAAAGUCUUGUGAUGAGCCGAACUUUAGUCAAAUGUAUGCACAGCUUUGUCGUAAGAUGAUGGAAAGAAUUGAUACUGAUAUAGUGGAUGAGAAUGUUACAAACGCCGAGGGCAAAUUUGUUCAAGGUGGAACAUUAUUCAGGAAGUAUUUAUUAAAUAGAUGCCAGGAAGAUUUCGAAAAAGGUUGGAAGGUGAAUGUUCCAGUUCCUUCCAAUGAAAAAGGUGAGCCUGACCUUAUGUCAGAUGAAUAUUAUACUGCGGCCAGAGCAAAACGACACGGUCUUGGUUUAAUACGCUUUAUUGGUGAACUAUUUAAGCUGAAUAUGCUUACUGAACGUAUAAUGCACGAGUGUGUUAAAAAACUGUUAACAGUUCAACAUGGAAUUCCUGAGGAGGAGGAAAUGGAAAGUUUGUGUAAACUCAUGACGACUGUAGGACAACAACUUGAUCAUGCUAAGGCAAAAUCCCAUAUGGACGCUUAUUUCCUUCGUAUGGAAGAUAUUUCCAAAAAUUCGAAAUUGUCUAGUCGUAUAAAAUUUAUGCUUAUGGAUGUUAUUGAUCUUCGGAAUAAUAUCUGGGUACCACGACGCGAUAACAAUGCACCUAAGACUAUAGCUGAAAUUCAUGAGGAUGCUGCAAAAGCAAAAGAAGAAGCAGAAAUGUUAAGACGAGCUACAAGUUCAGGUGGACGAGGCCUGCCUAAAAUGGCAGAUCAAAUAUCACGUGGUGGCUCAGGUCGCCGCGACAAAAAUAUGUCUCAUGGCUCAAGUGGACAGUCGGUAAGCUCUGAUGGCUGGAAUACGGUUGGAGGCACAUCAUCAGCUUCACGACAAGCCGGAGAUCUAUCUAAAUUUGGUUCAGUAUCACGUAGUAAGGUACCUUCUAGUCAAUUCAGUUUAGCGCCGGGUGGCUCUUCUACUUUCGCUAGUUUAGCCGGUGGUUCAAAGGGUUGGAAGACGACUGAAAGCAAGGAUCGUAAAGAUAAAACUGAAAGCAUGAGCCGUACAAAUUCAACGUCUAAUACAUAUGGCAUCUUGGCUCAUUCUGAAAGUACAGAGACACGCAAAUUUGAUAGUUCAUCAGUUAGCGAACCGACGAAAUCUUUCCCAGCGUCUUCUGAACGGAAAAAAAUUAUUCUAGCGCCAAGAUCUACACCAUUAACAGAAAAUAAUCCUGCACCCAAAUCAAUUAUGACUAAAUCUUCCGCAAAUUCAAUACCGGCAAUAUCCGAAGAAGUUGCUGAGAGAAAGAUUAAUAAUAUGGCUGAAGAAUACUUUAAUAUAGUAGAUAUAAGCGAGGUAAUACUAUGUAUUAAGGAACUGCCCAAAGAAUUUUACUCUAAAGCGAUUGAGAUAUUCGCAAAUAAAGCACUUGAGAAGAAGCAGUAUGAAGUUGACAAGGUCAUAAAAUUAUUUGACAAAUUUAUAGUCGAAAAUGUUGUGGAUAAAUUAGUCUUUAUAGGAGGGUUUACUGCUACUGUAGAUUUUUUGAUAGAUAUUGGUGCUGAUGCGCCUAAAUCUUACACAUUCACAGGACAAUUGUUUCGUGCUGCACGACUUGAUUCUAAAGAUGUCUAG